AUUUGGUAGACGUCAAAUUCUUCUAAUCGGUUUGUUAGGAAAUAUGAUAGCUUGUUUGUUCUUUGACCUUAGUAAAUCACUUAUUUGGGCCAUUGCAUCUCGUGCAACUUGUGGCAUGCUUAAUGCUAAUAUUGGUGUUGCAAAAAGUAUGCUUGGAGAAUUGACUGAUCGAACGAAUCAAACUAAAGCUUUUUCACUUUUUGGCUUUUGUUUGGGAUUUGGUUGUAUCGGUCCAGUAAUUGGUGGAUAUCUUGCAAAUCCUGUUGACCAUUUCCCAGGAAUUUUUGGAACUGUGUUUUUUUUGACACAGUACCCUUAUUUUCUUCCAUGUGCUGUUGCAGCUUGUAUUAGCUUUACUGGAUUUAUAAUAGGAUUCUUUAUGCUUCCCGAAACUCGAUUUCCCAAAAUUUCGACUGAUCCUGAACGAAAACCUUUCUUACCUUCUAAUAAGAAGAUAUAUGGUUCUGUUAUCACGAGUAACGAAAUAGGUAAUAAUAACAGUGGCAAAAUUAGUAUUGACGAUGGUCGCUCAAUAACAUCAAGUGAUAUAAUUGAUGUUAACAAAAGUUCGACAAACCAGCAAAAAAUUAUUGUUAAUAGCGGCAUUUCUACAAUAACUUAUAUUGUGAUUACAAGUUAUGCUUUUAUAUCUUUUCAUUCUAUUAUUGUAGAUGAAGUGUACUCUAUUUAUUCCGUCACUGCGAUUAAAGAUGGUGGUCUAGGAUUUACGUCUAGUGGACACAGUGAAAAUAUACCGAAUUGCUUUGAUCUCUUAUGUGCUUUGCUAUUUUACAUUUCC